AUGGCUGUUGAGGAAGAGGAGCAAGAUACACUCGACGGAGGAGGAGUGCAAAGAUGGCUAAUACCAGAUGUCCAAAAGGCCAGGAAAAGGAAAUCCGGGCGGCAUGACACCUCGUAUAUGGUUACGAGGGACCUCGCUAACUCAACUUCGUCGCUGCCACCACAAGUUCCGCAGCAGAGAUACAUUGCUCUGCACUCAAUGCAUCCAUCUUGA